CAAUAAAUAUCGGCCAAUCGCUGCCUACUAAGCCCAUGGAGUUGCCUGCCCCUCAUUUUUGCGAUAAGUGUCGUGCAAAAAAACUAGCCUUUGAGUCAUUGCAUUUUUGUUGCUGUGAUGGUGAAGUUGAAAUUGCUUCUAAUGCUUUACCCCCUGAAUUAGAUAAACUUUAUACUUCUAAUGACGAUGAUUCGGAUCAUUUUCGGACAUAUUCUCGCCUUUACAAUAACCUCUUUGCUUUUAGCUCAAUUGGUGGAUCAAUGGAUGGGGAUAUUCAUAAAGGAAUAUAUGCUUUGAAGGUUCAUGGCCAAAUUUAUCAUAAUAUUCCUGACCUCUUUCCUGAUAAUGAACCACCACAAUAUUUACAGCUUUACUUCUACGAUGCUAUAUUUGAGGCAGAAAAUAGACAUCGUCUUUUUCCAAACUUACGUCCGAGUAUAAUUUCCUUGAUCAUGGCUAUUAUGCUUUUGAAUCCAUAUGCCAGGUUUUUCAAGUCUCUUCGGGGGACUGAAGUCACUGAAGAGACUGAAAUCAGGCUCAAUAAACACCCCGUUCUUGAUCAACGUGUUUACAAUUCUCCGACAUCCGAAGAAGUAGCUGUGAUAUGGAGUGAAGGUACUUCAUCUAGCCAAAGCAACAGCCCACAUAUCAUUGUUCAUGGGAAAUCAAACAAGAGCCAUAGGAUAUAUCAUUAUUAUGGCUGUUACGAUCCUCUACAAUACCCGCUUCUAUUUCCUCGAGGUGACUGUGGGUGGCAUCACGGUUUACUAAAAAUGUCUCACGGAGGACGGUCCCAGGUGGAAGACCUUUCAAAUAUUGUCAUUUCAGACAAUGUUCAAGAGGCAACUGAUUUGGUAACUGAAGAAGGUUCUGCUGCUGCUCGGGGGAAGAAGGGCAAGCUUAUUUCUUGCGGGGAGUACUAUGCAUACAAGUUUCAAAUGUGUGCUGGAAAUUUCAUCCUACGGGCUGGGCGGUUGUUCUUGCAAUAUAUUGUAGACAUGUAUGUGAAGAUAGAGAAUACUCGGCUGGAUUUCUUUAGACAAAAUCAGGCACAAAUUAGAGCUGAGCUAUAUCAGGGUUUAGUAGAUACACUUGAAGGCGGUGAAGCAAAUGCAUCGAAUGUAGGUUAGUGUGUUAUCCUCCCUCCUUCCUUUUUAGGGGGGCCUCGUGAUAUGCAACGACGUUAUCUCAAUGAUAUCGCUCUUGUACAGCGUUUUGGGAAACCGGACUUAUUCAUAACAAUGACCUGCAACCCAAAUUGGCCAGAAAUCAAAGCAGAGCUGGCACACGGGGAAAAAGCACAAAACCGACCCGAUCUUGUAGCUCGUGUUUUCAGAGCAAAGCUUAUAGCACUGAA